GAACAGCAGCAGACACGAGUGUGGCUUAAAAAUUACCAUAAAAAUCCUACUAGCUUAUGAAAAGGUCAGAAGACCAAAAUUAAGGUUGAGAUCCCUGGCCGCACAAUAUAAGAAAUUGUAAUGUGAAAAUUUCCGACAGCUAUGUAAGGAAAACCUCGAAACAACAGCGAGAAAUAUCAGCUAACGUACAGCAGAAUCAUCUACUGAUGGCACAGUUCGGAUGGGGGUUCGAUCCUAUCGUACACCCAGCUUGGUGUAUCUAUGAGGCAAAGGAGGUGCUGAAAGGAGAUGAGAAUACCGGAUGCCAAGAUCACGACCAGAUACUCCCCCCAAGCAUGCACUCAUCGCAGCCACAAGAUACUUCCUAUGCCCCUACAAAAGGACUACGAUUGACCGAGGAAUCUGUCUGCAGCUCCUGUCUAGAAUGCGACCGAGAGCAAGAGAAAUUCUGGGGUUUUGACGGCGCAGUAGAAGCGCUCAUCCACCGUACAGACUGAAAACCUCGGCCGUGUCCUUCACAACUGCCAUGCCUACCUCGGAUCCCUUCGGGCCGGU